CCCCCAUCUUUUCACCCUUCCACACCACAUCCUCCUCCCUCCUCGUCGCUCGCCAUGUUCUCUCGCACCGCAGCCCGCGCACUCAAGGCGAACGCCCGCCAGUUCUCCUCCUCGGUCGCGCGCCAGUCCAAGGUCACCGUCCUCGGCGCUGGCGGAGGCAUUGGCCAGCCCUUGUCCCUCCUCCUCAAGCUCAACCCGCACGUCACCGAGCUCAGUCUCUACGACAUCCGCGGUGCCCCUGGUGUCGCUGCCGACGUCAGCCACAUCGACACCCACAGCGAGGUCACCGGCUACCCCGCCGACCAGCUCGACCAGGCUCUCGAGGGCACUGACGUCGUCGUCAUCCCCGCUGGCGUUCCCCGCAAGCCCGGCAUGACCCGUGACGACCUCUUCAACACGAACGCGUCCAUCGUCCGCGACCUCGCGGCUGCCAUCGCCCGUGUCGCCCCGAAGGCCAAGGUCCUCGUCAUCUCCAACCCCGUCAACUCCACCGUCCCCAUCGUCUCCGCCGUCUUCGAGAAGGCCGGUGUGUACGACCCCGCGCACAUCUUCGGUGUCACCACCCUCGAUGUCGUCCGUGCCCAGCGCUUCCUCGCUGGUGUCGCUGGCGCGAACCCCAAGGACGUGAAAGUCACCGUUGUCGGCGGCCACUCUGGCGCGACCAUCGUGCCCCUGCUCUCCCAGGUCCCCCAGGGCAAGGGUGUCACCGGCGAGGCGUACGAGAAGCUCGUGCACCGCAUCCAGUUCGGUGGUGACGAGGUGGUGAAGGCCAAGGACGGUGCCGGCUCUGCCACCCUCUCGAUGGCGUACGCGGGUGCGCGCUUCACCGGCGACCUCCUCCGCGCGAUCAACGGCGAGAAGGGUGUCGUCGUCCCCACGUUCGUCAAGAGCCCGCUCUUCGCUGACCAGGGCAUCGACUUCUUCUCGUCCCAGGUCGAGCUCGGCCCCAACGGUGUCCAGAAGAUUUACCCUCUCGGCGAGCUGACGGCCGAGGAGCAGAAGCUGUUGGAGGCGUGCCUGCCCGAGCUCAAGAAGAACAUCGAGAAGGGGAAGAAGUUCGUGUCUCAGUCGUAGACGUACCCUACCCCUCCACGCUCUGCGCGAGCUGCUACAGGACAUCGUGCAAAAGCGUUGUUGUACCCCUAGAAUCUAAUGCGAUUCAUCACCUUUUGGAUUCGAGAUGCUAGCGAGUGCGAAUGAAAUACAGUGUGAUACAUCAUCUGAGAGCGUACAUGUACAGCGUCAUCUAUGGCUUUUGCUCUUGCCCUUGACCGUCGUAAACCCGUCUUCGUCCACCUCAGGCUCAUCCUUCUGUGGCCGCUGGUCGAGCAACCGCGGAGCCUCGCCCUCCCCUCCCUCGUCCCCGCUCUCAACUUCGCUCCCGCUCUCGUCCUCCCAAUCGCUAUUAUCCCCCGCUGCCUCCUGCACCUGCACCUUCUUCCCCUGCACCCUCUCCGCUCUCUCCUCAAACUCCCUCAACAGCCCCUCCUCGCCCCUCCCGACCUCCUCCCACAGCCUCACGACGUCGCGCGCAACCGCCUCCGGGCUGCCGUCCUCGAGCACGGUGUCGAACUCGUCCGCCAUGGCCUGCAGGAGGCGGUCCUCGACGAAAAACGCGUCCGGGGCGGGGUCCUCGCGCUCGAAGUCGUCUACAAUCUCGGACGCGAGCCAGGUGCGCUUCUGGGCGGACUCAGGUCCGCCCCAGCCGUGCUCGACUGCGAUGCGGAGUGCGGGCCAGAAGGCGAGCCGGGCGAUGACGCCGCGCGCGAAGAGGACGAGGCGCGGUGCG